AUGGUCUUACCUUCUCCCUCCAGUCCCCCCUUUUCCCAGGGCAAAAAGAAACAACGAACAUCUGAAAAGAGUUUGCUGCUCUUUGGAGCACUGUCAGAGCCUGACGAGCAUUCCCUAGAGCUGAAGGAUCUGGAGUCCCUGCUGAAGAGACAGCCUCAUGGCCUGGGGUGGGGCAGGAGCAGUAUAAAAGUAAACCCAAAGCCUUGUUCUCUCAUCCACUUCUCUUGCCUUACUCUUCUUGGGAACCAGGUGCUCCUCCAGCCACAGGACAUGUCCUGCUACAACCAGUGCCUGCCAUGCCUGCCAUGCCAGCCCUGCGGCCCCACCCCACUGGCCAACAGCUGCAAUGAGCCCUGUGUCAGGCAGUGCCAGGACUCCACUGUUGUCAUCGAGCCCCCUCCUGUGGUGGUGACCCUACCCGGACCCAUCCUCAGCUCCUUCCCGCAGAGCACCGCCGUGGGAUCCUCCACCUCCGCUGCCGUUGGCAGCAUCCUCAGCUCUGAGGGAGUGCCCAUCUCCUCCGGGGGCUUUGGCCUCUCUGGCUUUGGCAGCCGCUACUGUGGCAGACCAUGCCUCCCCUGCUAA